CUCCCAACUUGUCAACGCCUCCCAAAAGCUCUCUGAACAGAGUGUCUAGAGCUUAACUUGGAAGAGCACAGCCAUGGUGCCGUGGGGUCCAGUGCUGGGAGCCCUGCUGCUGGCCGUCGUGGGUUACCUGUGCCUGCUGGGGCUGCUUCGGCAGCGCAGGCCCCAGGAGCCCCCUCUGGACAAGGGCUCUGUGCCCUGGCUGGGCCAUGCCAUGGCCUUCCGGAAGAAUAUGCUCGAAUUCCUGAAGCACAUGCGAGCCAAGCACGGGGACGUGUUCACGGUGCAGCUAGGGGGCCAGUUCUUCACCUUUGUCAUGGACCCCCUCUCCUUUGGCCCCAUCCUCAAGGACGUGAAGAGAAAACUAGACUUUGUGGAGUAUGCAGAAAAACUGGUGCUAAAGGUAUUUGGAUACCGGUCAAUGCCAGGAGACCACCGCAUGAUACACUCGGCCAGCACCAAGCAUCUCAUGGGCAACGGCUUGGAGGAUCUCAACAAAACCAUGCGGGACUGCCUGUCCUUGGUUGUACUGGGACCCAGGGGCCGGAGUCAGGAUGUCAGGAGCUGGCACGAGGGAGACCUCUUUGACUUCUGCUACAAUGCCUUGUUCAAGGCUGGCUAUCUGAGCUUGUUUGGCUACACCAAGGACACGGAGCAGGACCUGCUGCACGCAGAGGAGCUGUUUGUGCAGUUCCGCAAGUUCGAUCGCCUCUUCCCCAGGUUUGUUUACUCCUUGCUGGGGCCCCGGGAGUGGCUAGAAGUGGGCCGGCUCCAGAGGCUCUUCCACAAGACCCUGUCGGUGAAACAAAACCUGGAGAAAGAUGGCAUAAGCAACUGGAUAGCCUACAUGCUUCAGUUUCUGAGGGAGCAGGGGGUGGCCCCGGCCAUGCAGGACAAGUUCAACUUCAUGAUGCUCUGGGCCUCCCAGGGCAACACGGGGCCCACCUCCUUCUGGGCCCUCUUGUUCCUCCUGAAGCACCCAGAAGCCAUGCGGGCUUUGAGAGAGGAGGCCGCCCAGGUGCUGGGGGAGGCCGGGCUGGAGGCCGGGCAGUCCUUCAACUUGGACGUCAGCGCCCUGCAACGCACCCCGGUGCUGGACAGCGUGAUGGAGGAGACCCUGCGGCUGGGGGCGGCGCCCACGCUCCUCAGGGUGGUCAACGGGGACCACGUCCUGAAGAUGGCCCACGGGGGCGAGUACCGGCUCCGCGGCGGAGACAUCGUGGCCCUGUUCCCAUACCUCUCCGUGCACAUGGACCCUGACAUCCACCCCGAGCCCACGGCCUUCAAGUACGACCGCUUCCUCAACCCCGACGGCAGCCGCAAAGUGGACUUCUACAAACAGGGCAAGAAGAUCCACCACUACACCAUGCCCUGGGGCUCGGGCGUCUCCAUGUGCCCCGGGCGGUUCCUGGCCCUGAGCGAGAUGAAGCUCUUCGUCCUGCUCAUGGUCACGCACUUUGACCUGGAGCUGGUGGACCCUGACACGCCCGUGCCGCCCGUGGACCCGCAGCGCUGGGGCUUCGGCACCAUGCAGCCCAGCCACGACGUGCGCUUCCGAUACCGCCUGCGGGCCGCGCACUGA